AUGGUAAGAAUCAAGAUGAAGGCCACCGGCGGACCGUUCAUGUGGAAGAAAUUAGGGCUUCCGCGACCCGUCCCUUCCGACAGCGAUGACGAGGCGCAAGAUGCCCCUCCACCAGCCACCGCCAGCGCCGAAACACCACCGGCCACAAGCACAGGAACAGGACGCACCGAUUCACCGGCCGUCCAGAUAUAUCGCCGGCAAAAGAAACGGCCAAGAACGCCGCCAUCCACAUUAGCCCCGACGGCAGGCCCUGAGGGCAAAAAGUUCCCCGAAACCACCACUCCCACCGGCCACAGCCAGAAACGGCCAAGAACUCAGUCGCCACCGAGGUUCGAGCCAGAACCGGAACCUACCAUCGCCAAAGACACUGAUGCGCCAACUGAUUCCACCAGCGAUGUGCCCAACGCUGUGACCAACGCUGUGCCCAGCCAUAUGCCAAGCAAUGUGCCUAGCGAUGCGCCUACUGACUUCACCAGCGCUAUGCCCAGCGAUGCGCCCAGGGACUUACCAAGUGAUGUGCCUAGCGAUGUGCCCACAGACACACUCAGUGAUAUGCCCAGCAAUUUGCCCAGCGAUUUGCCCAGGCCAACACACCCAGAUCACAUCGUCAAAGCACUGACAUUCAACAAAAUUUCUGAACGCACCAGGCUGCUUAAAAUUUCAUCCUUACCAUAUCAUCCAGGAGUUCGCCAUAGCCAUGGGCUGUGA